AUGCCUUGCAGAAAGGCAAGACUACGGCGGCGGCAGCAACGAAUCCAUGUAGAGAUGGAGUCGUCGACUGUGUCUGAGCCUGAGGUGGGGAUGCCGGCGGGGAACAAGGCGGAUGAUGAUGAGGACGAUGUUGACGAUGAGCCUGUCGAGUCUGAAGAACCAGCAACUCCGUCUGAAUCUGAUCAGGCCGCCGAGGAAGCGGCCGAGGAAGAGACGAUGGCGAUGAUGAUGGGACUGGGGGAGCUGGCCGACGAGGCAGCUGAGGAGGCGGCCAACAGCGGAGCCAAGAAGAACAGGAGACGCAAUCGGUCGGCCCACGAUAUGAUGGUGGAAGCGAGAGAGAAGCAAGGGGAAAUACCCGAGGAAGCCAACACCGAUCCAUACGCCUACCAGGCGCGCGGUCACCGCAAAGAUUGGGACUGGAUCUUCGCCCGACACUACGGCCCCUUCGACCAGACCACAUCUAUCCCUGCGUCGUGCUUCACCGGCCUUCGUCGCCCUAACAACCGCUACGCCUGCACCCAGGAGAUGCUCCAGAUCUUCUGGAUCAAAGUCGGGAAGAUAAAGAAGCCCCUGCAGUGGCCAUUACAGGUUUUUGGUACGAUCGCCGUGCGGGAUGUGCUGGAUCACAAUCGCAUCAUGGUCUUAGAUCGCGAAAGGGAUAACUGUCAAACCCUUACCAAGAAGGAUAGAUUUCUUACGCUGACAGGUCCUACCCGAGGAGUUGUGGUGGAUGUACAUCCUACCUAUGUUGAGGUCGAUCUGAAGGCGAAGGGCGCCACAGAAUCGGAGGACAUGGAUUUAAGCUAUUUAGUAGUCAGGUCUAUGCCCUGCAGCCCGUCGUAUCGCGCCGUGCCUAGCAGGCUUAGCACAUUGGAGUUGACAUACAUUCGAAUAUACGACUGUGUGGAAGCCGCAAUCAGUGUAAAAGUCAGAAAACAUGGGUUCUGGCCCGGUUGCCGCGGUUUAUUCACUGCCAGCACAGCCAGUUACGAAGACUUGGAGAUCCCGUUGCUUGCGUUUGAAGGCGAUAGGUUGCCGGUUGAUGCUAGUGGAAGGCUUGAGCUUUCACGUCGUGUGGUCUGCGUAGAGCUUCAGCAGCCCGAAGGUAAGCUCUUGUUUUCGGCGAAGGCACUGCGUGGUAGUGAUGAGAAAGACGUGAGGAGAGUUCGUAAGACUUUCACUCCCAAGAAGGUUGGUAAAACCAAGGAGAAUAUCAAGAUUGGUUCCUGUGAGAUGGAGGAAACUGUCACAUGGUCCCUUCUUCCAAAUUGUAAGUAUGAUUAUGACAGUGCUUUGAGAAGGUAUUAUUAA